CAGAAUCCCGAGGUACUGCUGAGGGGCUGCCUGCCUCUAGUGCUGCACAGGGGGAUCGGACGUCUGUUUGAACCUGCUGUCUGCUUCAGAAAUCACCAGCGAACGUUACAGCGUUCUCGAAACCAGUCAUGUUCGGUCCGGCUCUGCUGCUAGUGGCGACUCUCAGCACUCUGGGUACCAUCACCACCGCUAACCCCAUUGCGGCCAUUCAACACGAGACGUUCCUCAGCCAGCCAUUGAACAGACAUAUCGACGGAGGCCACGCACCGCCCCGCUCCGGCCCCAGACUGCCGGCGCUGACUCGUCCCGCUCAUCAGUUGGGUAGGGACGCUCAGAAACCACACCACUCAAAGCCAGUCAAAGAGGAAACGAGUUCGCUCACAUUUGAAAAUAGACAGAUUCUAGAAGCGCGAAUCAGAAAGAUUCUAGCUCGAAUCUGCCGGAUGAAAAUCCUGGGAACAUCCGUGGCCAAGCUCAGCUCGGCGUGGCCGGAACUGUCUCUAUGCCGCGGGCUUCACCUAAACAACAGGAGGAGGCGCCGUGAGCUGCCGUUCAGUCCCUUCAGCACCACCGUCAGCGCGUGGAACGACUUUGAGACCGACUAUUACCCGGUGUACGACUGGCUGCCGAAGCUGCUGAUCCCCGUGCUGCUGCUGCUGCCGCUGCUGGGCCUGCUGGUCAAGGCGGCUAUAACGCUGGGCAGCCUGGUGGCGUCUGAAAAGGAGCUGCGCUCGCUCAGUUCGCUGGACUCGCUCAGCUCCCUGGCAGAGGAUGUGUGGAGAGCCAUCGACAAGCAGCGCGCUUCUUUUGAGGACUAGAGCGCGCAGGUGGACGGCUGACUGAUAAGAAAAGAAGCAGUGCCGUGUGCAAGAUGAAAACGAUCACGAGUGCUGAGAACUGUUCUAUGCUGCACAAAAAUGUAUAAUAAUAAUAAAAAUGUCAUCUGUUUCACACCAUCAUUGGUGCAUACAGGAAGACCCAGUGACUGCUAACACAAUCAUUACACACAUACAAACAUACACACACAUCAAGAUAUUCAUAUUCAGAACGUUAAAAUCAGUGCAUGCACGCACAUCGAUCAAGAGGAAGCUCGUCUUAGCCUCAUACAUUGUCUGUAAUGUCACUUCUCACAUGAGCAUGAUAUGUCUGAUUUUGAUUGACCAUUCUUUUCAUGUACGUUGUAUGAAUCGUCGCUGUAUGUAUGACCAUUCUAAGUACGCUGAAUAAAUAUGUA